AUGCGGCUCACUUGUCGAUUGAUUUUGUUUUUGUGCUACAACUGCUGCCUGCUCGUCAUCUUGUUGCCAACUUUCUGCCACACACAACGUAGCUGCCAGACACCCGACAAAAACGUUGGCCAAUGUGUGCACUUUAGCGACUGCCGUUUUGUACUGCGCCAAUAUGGGAUGUAUAAGGAACACAUGCCGCCUGUCAUAAUGCGUUUUCUGCAAAGAUCGCGCUGCAGGCCCAAAGUUGAUGGUUAUCACUUGUGCUGCCUUCUACAAGAUGUGAUUCCUGCGAAUGCCAACUCAAAGCUAAAAUGAAUGUGAAUCGAGGAGCAUGGCAACUUCAAAGCACAUCUGUGUGAAAUAUUUGACUUUAAUAUAUA